CUUCAAAAUUUAACUACAAAGAAAAUAGAGCUCAUGAAUGAUGAGACCCUGGUGAAUGUGUUGUACAUCACACAACAAUUUGCUGUUGAGGCCCAUGACCCAUUUGUUGAAGCCUUAGUUACAGAAGCAUGGAGAAGACUGGAAAGAUUUGAAAUCAAUGUGCUGUCAAAAUUUUCCUCUUGCCUAGCAGACCAGCAUUUAUAUUUUAGUCCAUUAAUGGGGAAAAUAGCUGAUAUUGUACAUAAGAACUUGGAAACCAUACAGGAUCUAAGGUCUUUGUCUGUUUUGAUGGUCAACAUAUCUUCUUUAAUAUCACAGUGUUUUCAAGAGCAAUUAGUGAACAAAACAGAACUUCUUUUUGACACCAUAGAUUCUUCCCAUGUCAACAUUGCAAGAAGAAUAGUACAGUUUCUUCGAAAUAUUAAAUAUGGUUACUAUCCAUUAUUAGAAAGGUGCAAUAAAGUGUUUUUAAGCAAUGCAAACCACCUUGAUUUGGAAUCCAUCAGUAAAAUACUUAGUUUAUAUAAUUCUCUACAGUUUCAUAGUUUUGAAUUUUUUGUAGUGGCUAAAAAGAGGUUAACUGAAAUGAUUCCUCUGUUUGAUCAACCUGCUAGCUUUGUAAAGUUGUUUGUAGCAUUGGGACCCAUAGCAGGACCUGAAGAAAAAAAACAACUUAAAUCAACCUUGUUACUGAUAUCAGAAGAACUGACCAGCCAACAAGCCCUUGCUGUGAUUGGGGCAAUGGAAGAGAUGGAGAGCAGAAAUGCGCGUCUGAUUAAAAAAAUUGCUUCAAUUCUGCAUAAACAUUUGGAUAACUAUAAACCAAAAGAGUUGCUGAAGAUAACUCGAGCAUUGAUUUUUCUACAUUUUCAAAGUAAAGAAUUUUUUGUGAGACUCAGAGAAUUACUGCUUAGUUAUUUGAAAAUCAGCAUCAUACCUGGUGAGAUUUCCGUCUUAGUCUGUGCUAUUUCCAUGCUGACUCCUCCUCACCUGGAUCAAACUGGGUUAUCACAAAUUGAAGCUGUUUUACCACAGUGUGACCUAAAUGACAUGAAUGUACUUGCCACAUCUGUUUUAAGAUGUAUUCAGUAUGAUCACAUGUGUCUGGAUAAUAUUACAGGGAAGCAAUUGAAACUACUUCAAAAAUUAGAUCACUAUGGCCAUCAGAGACUAAGAAAAUGUAACAAUUUGAAUUUGUUAUGGGAAGAACUUAAAACUUUAACAAAAGGAGACUGGUUUGCUGAGUCACUUCUUGAAGAAACAGUUACUGCUUUACAGAGUAUGAUGGAUGAAAUUGAUUACAAAAAUGUUGUUGGGAUUGCAUCUUUUAUUUCUAGAACAAACUACCUCAGUCCUCUCCUACUUGAUAGGAUAACCUCAGUAGUCAUUGAGCAUAUUGAAAAGAUCCAUCCUUUCGCAAUCCUUGCUGUUAUUCUUCCAUUCAGCACCUUGAACUAUGAUCCACCUCAAAGGGAUGAAUUUUUUGGAACUUGCAUUCACCACAUUAAUUCUUAUUUAAGUAAAUUAGAUCCCCUCAUGUUAGUGUUUCUUGGUUUCUCGUUGGCCACACUUGAAUAUUUUCCAGAAGCUCUACUAAAGUCAAUUUUUAACAUCAAAUUCUUAGCCAAAUUGGAUUCUCAACUUGAACUUUUAUGUUCAUCUCUAAGUAUGAGGGUCCAGUUUCGUCUUAUGGAAUUAAAUAGAGCAGUCUACUUGGAAUGCCCUGAGUAUCAGAUUCCAUGGUUUCAUGACCGCUUUUGUCAACAACAGUUUAAGAAAGAUACUGGCAGCAUGAAUGGAGCACAACAGCAGAUAUAUAAAAUGUUAGCAGAGCUCCUAGGAGGAAUCAAUUAUGUAAAAGCCUCAGUUCUUACACCUUAUUACCACACAGUAGAUUUUGAGUGUAUCUUGGAUAAAAGAAAAAAACCUCUUCCUUAUGGGAACCAUAAUAUAACUUUGGGAAAACUGCCAGAAAUGCACUGGGAGUCAAAUAUCCUAAUAGAUGGAUCAAGGCUGCCACCAGGAGCUGAAAGAAUUGCUUUGGAAUUUUUGGAUUCAAGAGCUUUUUGUAGAAACAUACCUCACUUAAAAGGAAAAUCUGCUAUGAAAAAACGACAUUUGGAAAUUUUGGGCUAUCAUGUAAUUCAGAUACCUCAUUUUGAAUGGAACUCUAUGACUUUGUCAACAAAGGAUGCUCGCAUGGACUACCUGAGAGAACAUAUAUUUGGAGAAGGCAAAUCAUGAUUUUUAGUUUUAUUUAAAAUUAGUUAUCAUGUUGUAUUACAAAUAAAUUUAUUUUAAUGAGGUGACUUAAAUCAAUUAAAAAAGAAUGGGAAAAUUGACUGAUUUCAGGGCCAACUGAAUACCUAUUAAAAUAAACAUUUUACAAUGGGAAAUCUGGCUUGAAAGUUGUUUAAAUUUUUUAAUAUAAAAGAUGUGUAGCUUUUAAGAAACUUAAAUAGAUUACAAUUCAUUCUAUGAGUUUAUGCUGUGUGUCAGGAUCUGUUCUAGAGGCUGGGGAUACAGCAGUGAAUACAACUUACCUUCCAUCAGUAGAAUCAAACAAAAUGAAUAAAAGAUGAUAUUAAAUGCUAUGGGAAAAAUUCAGGAGAAGGAGUAGGAAUAUUCUGGGCAGGUGUAAUUUUAAUCUGGGAAAGACUCACUGACUUGAUGUUUCAGUAAAUUCUUUUUUUUUUUUUUAAAGAUUUAUUUAUUUAUGCAUACAAGAGCUAGGGUACAGGCCAGAGAUGCAGGGGGUGAGAGGAUCCACCAGAGACAGAAUGGGGAACAGAACAGGCAGACUGACUGAAAUACACUGCUGAGGGGAGCAGCAGGCGAGACAGGAGAAGAGAGGUCUGUCUCGCCAUGUGGGUUUCUCCCUGGUCAGCCGGGGAUCGAGCUCAUGCUGCAGAGGCUGUGGAUUGCUUCAUAGUGCGGUGCUUAACCCCUCGUGCCACCAGGGAGGCCGUUUCAGUAAAUUAAGGAGGUAAGGUUCUCUAGGAGUAGAGAACUUCCAGGAGAGGAUCCCUCAAGUACAAAGAUCCUGAGGUGGGGCUAUGUCUGGCAUUUUUGAAAAUAAUAAGGAAUCCACUGUGGCUGGAGCAGAACAACUGGAAGGUAGAAGUAUAAUAAAAGGAAAAUAGAUGAGUCAAAUAAAUCUGACCUUAUAUUACUCUGAGAGACUACUGGAGUUUCUAUAAAAGGAAUAGAGAUCUCAGGUUUUAAUUGGAUAACUUUGACCACUCUAUUGAGAGGAAAAGGAGGGCAAUGUGCAUUCGAGUGGGUAUAUAUGCAGGAUAACCCAUUAUCAGGUGAUUGCAAUAAUCAGGACAAGAAAUGGAGACAUCUGUGGCAGUGGAGAUAAGAGUAGUGGUCAGAUUUCUUGGAUAUAUUUUGAAGGCAGAGGCAAUCGAAUUAUCUUACUGACUGAACAUGGAGGGAGGAGUCAAGGAUAAUUUUUGUCCUUAACAACUCAAAGGAUGUCAUUGCCAUUGACUAAGAUGGGGAUGUCUAUGGGAAGAGGGAGGUGAGGGGCAGAGGAUCAUAUGGGAGGAUUGAAGGAUCAUGUGUUUGGUUUUAGACAUGUUCAAUUUUUGUGAUGCCUUUUAAAUAUCUGAAGUUAUCAAAUAGGCACUUCAAUAAAUGUGCUCAGAGGUCCAGGCUUCAAAUAUAAAUUUGGAAGUUGUCAAUAGUAUUUAAUGGAUUGAGAGCAGAUGAACGCAUUAAAAUAUGAGUAAAGGAAAGUCUCAAUUGGGGAGAGAUCUGAAGACUAAGCUUCAAGAGCUCCAACAUAAAGAGAUAGAGAUGGGGAGGAGGAACCAGCAAAGGAGAGUGACAAGGCAGGCUUGCCAGAGAGGCUUAGAAGGAAAAGUUAUAAGCCAUAAUACUCUGGAAGCUAAGUAGAUAAAGCAUUUCAAGGAGGAAGAAGUGAGUAGUAAUAUCAGGUGAUGCUGAUAGGUCAGGUGAGAUGAGGCCUUGGAAAUGUCAAUUAAAUUUAGCAACAUAGAAAUUAUUGUAACCCUGAAGAUUACUUUCGGUGAGCAGUGGGUUUGAAAGCCCUAAUGUUUCAAGAGCAAGUGAGAGGAGAAAUGAGUUUUCUUAUAAAUGGAAGCAAGGAAAUGGGGAGAACUGAGGGGGAAGUAGGCCUUGUCUGAUUCUGUACAUUCUCUCCUCUUUGAAGAGCAAUAUAUGUUUGUGCUUAGCCAAAAGCCUUAUUUUAAAUACCCUAAGGCUGCCUGGUAGGGAUGUAGGUCUGUCUUCUAACUUCGUGGCCCUCUACAUUAGUUCUGUCCCAAAUUUAGGUUGGUAGCUAAAAUGCCUCAAAUCUGCAGCCUAGUUUUAAAAAUGUGUCCUACAUGUUAUUUUCUCCAUUGAUAGUUGGCCUAGGCUUAGUUGAAGUACUUGUUUAAAAUGUCUAAUUACUUUGCAUGACUUGAGCUCCAGUAUUUAGUGAUUUUGCAGAAUGUAAACUUUACAGAAACUUGUAAAAAACAGAAUUAGAACAGUAAGUUAGACAUUAUGUCUCCCUCAUUCUGAAUUUCCUCAUAAUAUUCAUUUGUAUUAUUUGAUGUGCUAAA